GAGAGAGAAAAUAUAAAACAGAGAGUGAAAGAAAGUUAUUGUUAAGAUAAGUAUGCCUUAUAAAAUGCAGUAAUGGCUCUUUGGAGAAAAACUAAAUAGAGUGACACUGAGAGAAAGAGACAUAGGUUGUGUAAAACAAUUAAAAAGUAACAUUGACAGGAGCCACUUGGACCCUAUAUUGAAAUACACAAGGAAACUUACAGUGAAAAAGCGAUUGAAAAAAAAACAGAGAGAGGAGGGGGGGGGGUGAGUAAAGGAACGAGAUUGUAGCUGCAGCCAGUGCGCGCGACGGAACGAAACAAAACUGAAGUAGAGAGUGAGAGACGGAGCCUGAUAUGUGAGAGGCGCGCGGUCAGCUUUCGUCAGAAUUUCUCGGCUUGGACGUGCUAUUAAUGGGUGGCAACUCUAGCUCCGCAGAGUGGGAGAAGUUCUUCCCCUUGAAAUCCUACCAGCACCAGUGGUCUCCACUUGGCCCUACACUUCAUCGGAGUCUUGAUAUAAACAUACGAUUUACAUGUAGCGGGAUUCAAGGGAGGUAAUUAUUCUGUGCAGUAGUCGGGGAAACGGACACAGAUUGAAACCACUUAUAUAUCAUCACUCCUCCAAUGAGACCUUCAGAGGCGAUGACCCUUGUGCAUAAAUUAACAACCACUCUAGCUCCGCUAAGAACCUACUUAGUAAAUUGACAACACUACUGGAACAAGUAGAUAAAACCAGAGGGAAGGGAGAGUUGCUGCGUUAAACGUGGAACACAAAAGAGUUCACUAAAAUCUCGCUAAAACAUCGUCCAGGAAUCCAUUUGACAUGAGAUAACAUGGGAAGUCGUCUGAGAGAAAUCGUGGAACUGCGUAACGAACUGUUCCGGAAUACGUUCCGUCACGGUUUCAGGAAGUCGUUGAGUAAACUUAGUCGUCCCGGAAAAUCGUGAGUAAGAAACAGAGGCGUGGAGAAAACAAACCAGGACUUACGCAAGAUGGUCGCAGCACUUCCGGUCAGACUCAAGGACUCACUUAAGAUGUCAAUUUGCCUGUUUUUUCUGAUAAUGGUCUUGCCAGCUUGCCUGGCAUACAACAAGACCUUAUACUUCUCCAUCGAGUCCGAAUCGAGGCUACUGAGUGAUUUAUUUCGGGAGUACGACAAGAGGGUACGACCCGUCCAGAAACCAUCGGACACUGUCCACGUGUCAUUUGGCCUGGGACUCAAAGCUCUACUGUAUGUGGAUGAGAAGCGCGAGUACAUGGAGACUGUAUCCUACAUGCUGACAGCAUGGCAUGACGGGAGAUUGAUGUGGAAUACGUCCCUCUACGCGGGCAUCGAUACAGUCAAAGUUCCGGCCAGCGAGCUAUGGACCCCGGACCUGGUUCCCUAUACAAGUAUAGAUGAAGAUGUUCACCUAAUGGACGCUAUGGCGGUCGUGUACGCUUCCGGUCACGUGAGCUGGAUUCCCACUUUACACCUGCGCAGUCCAUGCAGCGUUAACCUGCGUUAUUUCCCUUUUGAUGAACAGAAAUGUUCCAUCAAGUUUGCCAGCUAUGUAUACCACGGUGACGACCUCAACAUCACCUACUUCGGCGGCUCGCCAGAGAUCGCCUUCGACGUCUCUGACUACAGCAGCAACACAAACUGGAUAAUGCAAGACCACAGCGCUACCAUUCACGUGAUCAAGCACGCGUGCUGCCACGAGCCGUAUCCCAACAUGCACUUUGACUUGAUGUUCAAGAGGAACCCGGACUACUAUGUCCAGACCUACGUCCUGCCAGCGUUACUGUUAGGCGGGCUGGUGCCUGUUAGUCUGCUGAUGCCACCAGAGUCCAGAGAGAGGGUCACUAUAGGAUCUGCCGUGGUACUGGCCAUGAUCUUCCUGGCUACAAGCCUCAGUGACGUCAUUCCUAUGGCCCACACGCAGUUACCGACCGUGUGUAUUUACUACACACUGACUCUAUUGUGGGCUGUCAUGUCUCUGAUGGGCUCAGCUUUGGUUCUCAACUUACACAACAGAGGCCCCAGAAGGGCAAAGGUUCCUGAAAUAGUAAGAUGGAUCUUUCUUCGGAGCUUAAAGCGACUUGUUUGCCUCGGCAAUGACAGCUAUUAUCCUCUGAACGACCUUGACACUAUCAGCAUGCGAGGCCUGGACAAAACAAUGGCCUCGCAAGAGCGCCAGCAGACCAACUCGGACAUCAGGGGCAUGAACUCUUCCAAAGUGGAGAGAGACAUCGAGGAGAUUUGCAGAAAUAUGAACCUUUUGAGCGCCAAGAUAGCCCUGCAGGAUUCAAGACAAGACGUGCUGAACGAGUGGCACCAGGUGGCGCUAGUGGUCGACCGAGUUUUAUUUUUCUUGUUUUUCUUGGUGUUUCUAAUGUGCAGUGUGAUUCUUCUAGCAUAGGUCAGUGAGCCUCAAUGGACUUGAAGGACCAUUUGAAUCUUUCAGGAAGAUCUCUUCUUUUGUAUUACUAUUGCAUACGUUACUGAUACAAAUGAAACGAUGGCUUAUUGAUUAAAGAAGUCUACAGUAAGGCAAAAGACUUGUUAGAAUAAGAUGACGUCUUAAAAUGAAAUGUCUGCACAAUGUUAUGAAAGAACUAUUUGUUGAAAGUUGAAACUACGUUUAUAAACUUCUUUCGGAAAACUGAGGAAUGGCUAGUCUACGGACUACUGACAAGACUACGAAGUUAAGACCAGACAAUGAACUACAUCGACUACGGAUCACUGACUAAUCUAUGAGAUACUGACAAGACUAAUAACUACUGACUAGAAGGUUGAAGUUACUGGAAAUUCUUUUCAGAUACUAACCUUAUCAUUGGUCAAACAGAUCUGAGGUUUUGUGUAUAUUGAUGGGACUUUACAAGUAGUGUCUAUACUUGCUUUGAAACAUUUUAAAACAUUCUUCAUGUUGACACAGACGUAAUCAUCCUCUUUGAAGUAGCAUCUGUAUUUUAUAAGAUAAGAUAAGCGUUGUUAUGAUCAAACUGUUUUUAGUGUUGUUGUUGUGUAUCUCCUUUGGAUAUUGAUGUUUAUAAAUACCAGUGUUCAAGGAAUUGUUCACUACAUUUAGACCUUGUUCAGUAAUGACGUUUGUUUAUUGUUCAGAAAAUAAUUUCCAUUUUUUGUGUUUUCCGAUUCGGACAACAAAAAAUGUUUUUAUUUAGAUUUACGUUUUAGUUUGGUUUUUUUUUUUUUUUAAUCAACUCACUGUGUCUGUCUGGUCAAAAGUGUGUACACGUCAUUUCUCCCACAUUCAUUCUAGGAUUAAGUUGAAACUUUGCACAAUUAUUCAUUGUCAUGGACAAGACAUGAAUCAAUUUAAAAAAAGUUAGGGUUAGGGUAAAUUAGCAUUCUUCGAUAAAAUUGAUACUUUAAACAAUUAUUUAUUAUAAAUUUAUAAAAUAUAACUUUUUAAAAUUUUUUUGACAAAUCUAUACCAGCUAUUAGUGCAUGGAAUGGGUUGCCUAAAUCAGCCAGGAAAACCAGUGACAUGGCAGAAUACUAGAGGCAUGACAUGUAGGACGUUAUCAUCUUCUCUUUUGUAGUAACGUCUGUAUGUUAUAAGAUAAGAUAAGAAUUAUUGACAUAAUUGGUAAUUAUUUUAUUUGAUACUAGACAUAUGUUACCCGCGACCCGCGGGUCUUUAUUUGCGCAUUACUGUCGAUAUAGUCACUGAGAGUGUUUUGUAAACAAUUAAACGAAAUAAUAAUGUAAUAAGUAAAGCGAAUGUGUCAAUGUAAUAAUAGUGUGAAUGAAGCUAUCUAAACACGGCUACGCAGCUUCAGCAAACAGCGAACGAAUGUAUUAAAAAUGCUUUAGAAAAACAAAUUUGAAUGUUAAUUUGAUUAAAAUAUGAAAUGAAUGGACAAUAAUUAGUAUGUUUAUGUGUUAAAGCAUAAAACUAUCUUUGGGAAAAGAAGUUUUAUCAUCUUAGAGUUCAAUAAGAGUUUUAGACCUAGGCCUAGGAAUAGACUCAGUAGAGAGAUGUGUUAAUGUGUAACCAUUUGGUAAUGUCUAAUGAAAUAAUGUUCGCCAGGAAAUCUGUAGUCACAGAUAUCAGGAACUAAUUUAUGUAAAAAAUGCUUUUGGAUAAUCUAGUGGAUUGGAUUUAGAUGUAUGUAAAACUUAGCUAAUGAUCCUUUCACGUUAUUUCUCUUUCGCUACGAAAAUAAAAUUAGUUUUGCGAAAAUGGGUUUACCCGAAGUCGAUACAUUCUUAUCUAUUACAAACGAAAAGAGCGAUAGCUUUGUUAAAUGAAUGGGAUUAUAAAGUGAACAAUUAAACGAAAUAAUUUUUAGUACGCGAUUCAUGAAUGAAUAUAGAUCUAGGUCUAUCUCAACUCGGCUUCGCAGCUUUCGUAGGUGAAUGUAGCUUUAGAAAACCAAAUUUGAAUGUUUAUUUGAUCAAAAUAUGAAAUGAAUGGACUUUAAUUAAUAUGUUUAUGUGUUAAAGUAUAAAACUAUCUGUGCGAAGAGAAGUUUUAUCAUCUUAGAGUUGAAUUAGAAUUUUAGAUCUAGGGAUGGGAUUAUAAAGUAAACAAUUAAACGAAUUAAUAUUUAGUACGCGAUUCAUUACGGAAUUGUCUAAUGAAAGAAUGUUCGUCAGGAAAUCAGUAAUCACAGAUAUAAGGAACUAAUUAAUGUAAAAAAUGCUUUUGAAACACAAAAUUGAAGGUUAAUUUUAUUAUAUAAUGAAAUCAAUGGAUCUUCUUUUGUAUUUUCAUGUGUCAAAGUAAAAAACUAUCUGCGCAAAGUGUAUUUCUUAAAAUUAGAUCUAGGUCUAAAUCCUUUCUAUCUUUUCUCAUGUCAACAUUGUAGACAUGGCCUAGAUCCAUAAAAUACUAUAGCUGUAAUAGAGUCGGACAACUUUAUUUUUUUUUUGAGGGUCUUAAGUUUGUUUUAGGGCUACAAUACAUACACUACGGUCUAAGUUGGUACCCAAGGAACAUUCCUGCCUAGUUUUAUCAAGAUUGGUCAAGCGGUUUUGAUGUCUAUAAGUAACAUACAUCCAUGCAUAUACAUACACCACACAUUCUACUUUAUAAUAUAGAUUGAAUAAGGGAAAUAUCUUGAUAUUGAUAUUCUUGAUAUAGUUUUAAGAUAAGCUUUGGUUGUUGUUUUUUAAAGGAUUUUUGUUAUAUUUUGCUUGUUUUUUUGUUGUUUUUUUUUUGUUUUUUUUUUUUUUUGCUUUUGUUGUUGUUGUUGUUGUACUCACACUUGAGGAAGUCCGACACUAAGAUUAAUGACCACCGACAGCAAUGCAGAGUGUUUGCUUAAAAACAAACGACAACAGACAUUGCAGUUUGAUUUCAAAUACAAUUUUAUUUUCAGAAAUGAAUCAUUAUUUUUUUGGGGCCCUGUAUCAUUUAUUUUAUCAUAAGAUAAUCAAUGUCAAUCAAGCGAUUUUUUUUUUAAAUUUGUAUUUGUAUUUUAUGUUCACUUUUAUUUAUUUAUUUUUUUUGUCUCGAUCGAACUAAGAACGAUAUCGUCCAAUCAGAUUUUCCCUUUUAAUCUUGUGAAAAUAAGACGUUUUUUUCCACAACACUUUCUUACAAAGUGUCAAUGUAAAAGGUUACAUCAGUUCCAUUGGACACUCCCCUCGACAAACAAAGAAAAAGAACUUUGAACAAAGAUUCUAGAGAGAUAAGUUGUAUCUGGUCGGAGUGGAGGAGCUAUAUGCUCAGAAACUAUAAAUAGCUCAAUAUUUAAUGGAUUGUACAUCAGGCUUAGAAAUUAAACUACCCUGAGCUGCAAGAUUUAUUAUCUCCCAUUUUAGUCUAGGGGGGGCCAGGAUUUGUGAGGGUGGGGGGUGCAAAGACCAUAGACGUAUACUCCCCUGUAUUUUGUUCACCUUUUUUUUUUUCUUUGCUUAAAGUCAGUUUUAAGUUUUUCUUGUUGUUUUUUUUUCUUGGCAUUCCAAUGCUAGCUGUUAUUUUACGUGUAAACAGUCCUGACCUGAUGGGAAAUGUGUAUAUCUUAAUAGAACUUACAAUCUAGAUUUUUUUCUGAAGUUGACUGUAAUGUACAGUAAAUUCUGAUAGUGUAAUUAUGUACAUUGCUUAUUGAAUGCAGUGAUGUGUGUCAUCAUAUCUGUAUCUAUCAAAUGUAAGUAUGUAUAUUUUGUAUAGAAACAUUGUGUCUAAAUUUUGUAUUGUGUUUUCCCAACUAAAAGUUUUCACUGUUACUCACGGGCUGGACAUGCAUCGAUGCACAUGUAUCUUAGCACCAUCUCUCUGACUCUUACGUACGUGUGCUUUUCGUGCUUGUUGUUGUUUGUUUGUUUGUUGGUUUUUUUUUGUAGUUCAUUAAAAGUGAAGUAUAUCCGCAUUUACGUCCCCUUCCAGGUGACAUGUGACUCUAAGAUCUAGACUAACUAUAAGAUCUAGACUAAAUACUAAGUCAACAAUAUCGCCUUCUUAAGCUGGACUACACAUUCAGCCUGGAAUUCAAACCCAGUCCAGGUCAUUGCCAAGCAGGACUUUUUUUUUUAUCUUUUUUGCUGGAGGGGAUUUAGAGACUUACGGGAGAAGAACGGCAUUUAGAGGAAGACAUACGGCGACUCAGAAACUAGCAAGAUUGGCACCAGCGACUUACAUGAAACUCAGAAACUAGCAAGAUUAGCACCAUAGACUUACAUGAGACUCAGAAACUAGCAAGAUUAGCACCAGCGACUUACAUGAAACUCAGAAACUAGCAAGAUUGGCACCAGCGACUCACAUAAUGACACUCAGAAACUAGCAAGAUUAGCAGUUAGCACCAUAGACUAACAUGAGACUCAGAAACUAGCAAGAUUAGCACCAUAGACUAACAUGAGACUCAGAAACUAGCAAGAUUGGCACCAGCGACUCACAUAAUGACACUCAGAAACUAGCAAGAUUAGCAGUUAGCACCAUAGACUAACAUGAGACUCAGAAACUAGCAAGAUUAGCACCAUAGACUUACAUGAGACUCAGAAACUAGCAAGAUUAGCACCAUAGACUAACAUGAGACUCAGAAACUAGCAAGAUUAGCACCAUAGACUAACAUGAGACUCAGAAACUAGCAAGAUUAGCACCAUAGACUAACAUGAGACUCAGAAACUAGCAAGAUUAGCACCAUAGACUAACAUGAGACUCAGAAACUAGCAAGAUUAGCAACAUAGACUAACAUGAGACUCAGAAACUAGCAAGAUUAGCACUAGUAACUGGCAUAAUGAGGCUCAGACUUGCAGGAGAGUGAGAGAAACAGAGUUAAAGAGAGACAUAGAAGGACAGAAAGAGAUAGAGAGACAUUGACGAGAAGAUCUCUGAGACACAGAGAAGGCGUCUCGGUAAGAAAGUCACUCAUGUUUUUGUUGAUAUGACCAGCUGAGAAGACAGCAACUUUCUUCUGAACUCACUGAAAAUCAGGAUCAACUUGGUGUCAGUAAGAAAGGCCCACAACUGUGUCUACAUCUCCUUCACCCUCGUCUGUCACAGUCUGAUGGGCCACCCUCACAUAGUUAGUUCCGUUGAAGGGCAAUUGAGAUGAUCAUAAAAUAAAAUCUAGUAAUUAAUCAUUAUAAACGUGUUCAUGAUAUCAGACCACAAUCUAUUUCAUAUGUAGAUGUAUGUUGUGUACAUAUACAUAGUUGUAUAUAGUUGUUAUACAGAUUGUAUUGUUGUCAUUUGAUAAAAUUUUUUCUCUUUCUGUUCACUAAA